AUGUCUCUGCGGGCCGACUCGGUCUACCGUGUCGACUUGCGAGCAGAGGUGGAGAAAGAUGCCCAAUUCCCACCUGAGGUCCUCCAGAUCCGCCUUACGGAACAAGCUCUGCAGCAGCUUGCCAAUGCAUACACCUCCUCAACUCGCUCUGCAGCGCACAUACGCAUCGACGUCGACCCGUCAGAUCCAGUCCUGCUCAUCGGCGACACCUCCUUCUCCCUGCAUGCACCCCUCCCAGCAAGCGGCUCACAGUCAGCCUCCGAUGCUGCCUCAACCUCUACAGCACCACACGAGCUCUACAAGCUUUCCAAAGACGAGUCGACAUUACACCGCAUUGGUACCAUCUCCACCAAGCUUACCGUCAAGCCCACUCGCGAUGUCUCCGCCGUCGCCCAACGACUCAAGCAGCAGAAGGAAGAGCAGGAGCAACGCAAGCAAGAGCGUCGUAAGGCUUUGAUCGCCGGUGCCUCUCCACAGCUUUCUGCUUCAUCAUCUUCCAGAACUGGAACCAACAAGGCGCUGGCCAGCGUCAGAGCUGCCGGUGCAUCUACCUUGUUGGCCUCUUCUCCCUUGUCCAGGUCGAGUAGCUUGAACAAGUUGUCAAGUCGUCGAGAGCCCAGUCUGUUACAAGCUGCUUCGGUGUCGAAUGCUGCAAGUCGAGAGCCUUCGCCUGGUGCUGGUGCGGGUGCUGGUGCUGGUGCUAGCGGUGGCUCGCCUGCGGUCGGGGCACAUGCCAGGCUGCAAGGUGCUUCGUAUCAUGCGGGGAGGACAGGCAGGGCCAGUACCGAUUCACCAAAGACUGCGGCUGCUGCUCAUCCGCGAGGUGCUACAGCGGAACAUAGCCCGGCGCCGAAGGCCGGUAGCGGCCUAUUCGAUCACCGACCCAAUGAUGUCGGAGAGGAGGGGCAAUACUCAGAUGAAGAGAGGGGGAGGCAGCCCGCUGUAUUAUCUUCACCAGCCUCUGGUGCUUCUGAUUUGGCCCAUGGUGCGGCCAAGAAGACGAAUAAGCUCACGACACGUCAGCGUCUAGCCAAGGCGACGAAAGCAGGAAGUCGUCUCCUUGCCGUAUCUGAACGAAAAGCCACUCCCGAACGGCGCCCAACACCAUCAAGCACGCAGGUCUCACCGCCGUCCAAGGCAGGCGCUUCAAAUAGCCUGACUGAGGCGAGUAGGUCCAUCCCGAAAGCAGUCGCUGAUGAGCCAUCAGUCGCUCACCAUGCAAGCUCGCCAAAGGCGAAAGCUAGUCAGGCGGCCGUGUCUCGUUCUUCGCCUACAGCAAGGCCGGAGCGAGAUGAUCGUCCAGCAGACGGCCGUAUACGAGGCAGAACGGCUGCUGAGAAAGGUCGCAAAUUAUCGCCAACACCAGCUUCAACUAGCAAAUUAAUAAAGGAUGAGGCAUCAAGCGGCUCAAAGCGACGCGCAGACGAGUCUGUCUCACAGAAACAAGUUCAAGUUAGACGUAAUGGGACCGCCGUCACGUCGAGCCGAGCCUCAGCAACCUCGGUCGAGAGGAAACCUGUCGAUACCAAGGCAAAGAGCGAUGUAUCACCCCUCGAUGACAGGAAUGUGCCUAGAACCAGCAGCAAGCUUGUCGCAAGCAGUAGCAGCAGCAAGUCCGCAGCAACAUCAAAGCAUGCUUCUCCUGCGCCAGUGCAGGUGGUUACCAUGCGUAAAGCAAAGACCUCCGCCGCUGCCGACGCCGCGCCAUCCAAAAAAUCUGUAGCAGAAGCUUCGACUGCCUCCCGUGCUUCUCGGCGCUCAGAAACGGAAACUGCAAAACGUGGCCGUCCAACUCAUUCCGAAACAAACGGUCGGUCGGAGAGACCAGCAGAUCGAGAAACUGCAUCUUCUUCAACUUCACCCACAAAGCAAGCUGCAGCACGCAAGAGCGACGAUCACUCCGCCGAUGUUGGACAGCGGAAGCGUCGCCGCACCAACGACUUGGACCCUUGCGACCGUCUCAUGCAGCAGCAUCGUGACGAGAAAGUCUCUGCCUCUGUCGGCUCGACUCCUCUUCAUCGAAACGAAAGCCUACCGAGAACACGAGAGGCAAGUCGAGAAGGUUCAUUACGACGGGUCGAACCGGUAUCACCUCGCGAAAGCACAGCGCGGGGCAGUAUACCAGUCUCGGCGUCGAUGCCUUCCUUCGCUUCCUCAGCUACGCGCUUACAAGCUGUGUCUGAGAAAGCUGGUCGUACAAACAAGGAAGAGUACCACGACAGGCGUCGCGAUCGCUACUAUGACGAGGAUUACGAAGCAGCCAAUCUGGAAAAAAAGGAUUCCAAGCGGGGACGCAGCACAACAGCCGACGAUCGAAAUUCAUCUCGUGCACUCUCUUCCACAUCAUCCACUGUCGCCGCAGUCAAAUCUCCUUCUAGACAAGAUCGACCCAUCAAAGGCGUCGGUCCAGGAGCCACCCACUGGUCUGAACCAUGGCUCGACGUCCGUUCUCGUUCCGACUGGCAUCGACUCGCCCAACGAUUCGCCAAAACUCAACAAGAAUACCUCUCCAUGCGUAAACGGCUCGAAGCAGAAAGCGAACGACUCGAUCGAGAACUCGCGCUCGCAUCCGCUGAAGAACAAGACACUCCACGUCAAAGUCUUCUCUUUUCCCCACACAAACAGAAAGAGGUCAAUGUGGAGAUGCAAGAUUUAGCAGAAGAGACGGCGGUGAACACUAGUAUCAAUUCCCAGACGUCUAAAGUAAAGGAAGCGGGUGGCGAUGGGAAUGAGUCACCCGAGGAGGGAGAGAUGCAAUCUGAUGAUGAACAGGAAAAGCAAGAGAUAAGAAGAAGUGAGAGUCCGGAUAAUUUGGCUUGGCGACCCACCACCCAGACUCAGCGGGAGGAUGGCGAAAGACCAUUGAGUUACACGGAUUUAGCGAGGAAAGUUGCGCAGUUGGCGGAAUUGCAUGCAAGUUUGAGUAGAAUGCAUACAGUUUUGGUCGAGUUCAAGAGUAAGCGUAAUGCUGCUGGCUUCAAGCAAUCCGAUGCUUCCUUCCCAUGA